AAGGACGUUGGACCUCGUUCGCACUGCAGUUUGGCCCCGGUUCUCGCUUCAGCCAGAAGAAACUGUCUGCCGGGAGCUGCAGCGCGCCUGGAUUCGCUAAUGAAGAGCUACAGCGUGGCUGCUUUCCUGGUCCUGGCGGCGAGCGGCUGGGGGCUGACACUUGCGGAGCUUCGGGGGCACAAGACACACGUCCUCGCGAGCUACCUCAAACACUUACUCGCCAAGCCGGCACCUCUGAAGAUGCUGCAUCAGUCAGGACAGGACUACCUGGACAAUGCCUCUGUCUUCAACACCACCGUUGACUUCACAAUCCCGCUGUUCUCGUUCAGCCUGCCGACCAAGGAGGACCCCAAUGAUGGCACUGCAGUGACGCGACAGAACCUGCUGGGCCAGGGCAUCUUCCUGGUCGUGGUGGUGGUGUGCUUCGUGGCCUCCAUCGCGCUGCCCGUGCUCAUCAACCGGGUGCACGAGGACCAGACUUUGCGGCAAGGGGACGGACUUUUCCGUCAGUCACGCACGACUGUCGGAGCUUGCUUCCAGAGGAGCAUCUGCGAGUCCCGACAGCAAGCAGACGACUUUGGGCUGGUGGGCAGCCUUGUGAAAUACUUCUUCCCGUACAGGAGCGCAGCAGAUGACACUGUUGUCGGAUCAGCAGCACGACUGGGUGCAUCUGAGGUCAUGCAGUGCCACCAACUGCACGGAUGUCCCUACAGUCUCUUACGAGCAGCCAGGUUCAUCUCUAGGCUCGUCCAUAAUUACAUCACCAGCUGAUCAUAGACCUGAUUUCAUACCAUUGAAGUUUUCAUGUGCACUUUGUGCAUGAUGACCACCAGUACCCAAAUCUCAAACUAUAUUUUGCAUAUGAUUGAGGGCAUCUUGAAACUUCCAUCCUGUUGAAACUGGCUCUCUGAUUGCUCAUUUUGCUAUCACCGAUCUCAGGAAUAGCCACAAUUUUUUUUUUAAAACACCAAUACAACCAAAAACUGUAUUUGUAACAAACAGUGUAAAACAAAAUAAACAAGCAAUAAACUGAACUGACAUAUU